UGAUGAUCGCGACAGCUAGACUGCUCAUAUAUAAGCCGCGCACGCUCUUCUCUUCUAGUUUGAGUGUCAUUCUAGUGCUCUUCGCGGAAUCUAUUUUAGUAUAAAUCGUGUUCGUCGAUUGCUGUAACGACAUCUGCUUUUUUAACAUGGCCAAAGACAAUCUCACAGCUAUUCUCUAUGGUAUCAACGAUAUAAGACUGGAACAAACUCCGAUCGAGGAACCUGCCGAAGAUGAGGUACUCUUGCAAAUGGGUUGCGUUGGAAUUUGUGGUUCCGAUGUUCAUUAUUUGGUAAAUGGUAGAAUAGGUGACUUUGUAGUGCGGGAACCUAUGAUAAUAGGUCACGAAUCUUCCGGAGUGGUUGUCAAACUUGGAAAGAAUGUAAAAAAUUUGAAGGUCGGUGAUCGAGUAGCCAUUGAACCCGGGGUAUCCUGUAGAAUGUGCAAAUUUUGUAAAGGAGGACGUUACAAUUUAUGCAAAGAGAUGGUAUUUUGCGCUACUCCUCCGGUACAUGGCAGUUUAAGACGUUUCUACAAGCACGCUGCUGAUUUUUGUUUCAAAUUACCAGACAAUGUGACGUUAGCGGAAGGAGCAUUACUGGAGCCUUUAUCAGUCGGUGUACACGCUUGUAAGCGCGCGAACAUUGGUAUCGGUUCGAAAGUUUUGAUUUUGGGAGCCGGACCGAUCGGUCUAGUAUCGUUAUUGGUAGCGAAAGCUAUGGGAGCCAGUAAAGUCGUUAUUAUGGUUACGGAACGAUCUGCUUUAGAUCUCUCACAAAAUAGAUUAGAUCUUGCAAAGAAACUUGGUGCUGAUGCAAUAUUAUUAACGACAAAGGAGGAUAAAGAGUCCAAAACUGCAGAGAAAGUUAUCGAGCUCUUGGGUGAAGAACCUGACGCGACGAUUGAUGCGUGUGGGGCACAGUCUAUGAUACGAUUGGCGAUUCUCGUGACCAAAUCGGGUGGAGUGGCAGUUUUAGUAGGAAUGGGAGCACCGGAGGUUCAAAUUCCGUUGAUGAACGCACUUGUAAGAGAAGUUGACAUUAGAGGUGUAUUUCGAUACGCAAACGAUUAUGGCGAUGCGCUGGAUCUCUUGACCUCUAAAAAAAUUGAUGUGAAACCACUGAUAACUCAUAAUUAUAAGUUAGAGGAAACCGUUCAAGCUUUUGAAACAUCCAAAUCUGGACAAGAUAAUGUCGUUAAGGUUAUGAUACAUUGUAACUAGGAAAGUAAAUGACGAAUCAAAGGAAAUUAUUUCUUAACAUCACGAGCUGCAAUAACCGUAAAACAUGCCCGUAAGAAAUUGAAAAAUAGGUGAUAUUGUUAAUAUUAAGGCAGUAGUAAGUCUUUUAUACGGAAUUGUUAUCGGUAGGACAAUGGGAUUAUUGACAAAACAUAAAUGAAAUGUAUGCUUUUUGAAUUUCUGAAGCUAAUGAUAAUUAGUUUUCGCUGAUUGUUCGUAUUUAGUCAUGCUCUGUAUAUACAUGUAUCUAGGUACAUUUUUUAAUUAAAUGACAUAUGUACAUAUAUAUAAUCAUAUACGUUAUGCGAAAGGGGCAUUACGCUGUACGCGGCUGACACGCGUAGAUACGAAUAUUCCCUCCUCAUCGAUGUAUUUUAAGUAUUUUAACAUUUAACGAUCGAUGUAUCUAUAUGAUAGAAAAUUAUCGUUAUUUUUAUUAGAAUUAUCAUCAUUCAAAUGCCUGUUUAUUAGUAUUUUUGCUAUUGUUAUUAAAAAAAUAGCUGUACGUGUAGCCAUUGACAAAAAUUGGAAUUUUUACGUUUAAAAUCAAUCAUACGAUCGUUUGUUUCGUUCGAUUCAAAUGUAUCUAUAUGCGAUUAACAUUUUAUUGUAAAUCUAAAUAUAUCGCAAAUAAAGUUUCCGAAAUACGUCUAUAUGCCUAAUAUAGAGCGUAGUAUACGCGCAAACAGAUAAACAUUUUUGUAAAUAGUUGAAAAAGAACAAAAUUCCAUUACACUGUGUCUGCUAACAAUCGUUUAUUUUCAACGAUAUUGACAAUUUUAUCUUCUUUCGUGUUUUGUAUCGUAUUAAAUAAAUGAAAUUCACGUAUA